AUGGACCCCACCCUGGGCGACGUGGAGCCACACAGAGACGCGAAGGCCGGGAGCCCCGAGCGAGAGCCGGCGUGGCAGGCCCUCCCGAUCCUGUCUGAGCAGCAGUCCUGCGCGGUGGAGCUGGUGCUGGCCUAUGCCGCGCCGGUCCUGGACAAGCGCCAGACCUCACGCCUCCUCAAGGAGGUGUCAGCCAUCCACCCGCUGCCCGCACAGCCUCACCUCAAGAGGGUGCGACCCAGCCCCCGCCCCGGCUGCCCACACGCGCUGGAGAUGCUGCUGUGCCUGGCGGGUCCAGCCGCGGGCAUGCGAUCACUGGCCGAGCUCCUCCCGCCACCGGCCGUGGACCCCCGUGGCCUGGGCCAGCCCUUCCUGGUGCCUGUGCCCGCGCGGCCGCCCCUGACCAGGGGCCAGUUUGAGGAGGCGCGCGCCCACUGGCCCACCACCUUCCAUGAGGACCGGCAGGUGACCCGAGCCCUGGCCGGGCAGCUCUUCUCGCCGCAGGAGCGGGUGGCGAUGCAGGGCCACAUGGAGCGGGCCGUGUGGGCCGCGCAGCAGGCAGCCUCGCGGGGCCUGCGGGCCGUGGGGGCGGUGGUGGUGGAGCCGGCCUCGGGCCACGUGCUGGCCACGGGCCACGACUGCAGCAGCGCAGCCACACCCCUGCUGCACGCCACCAUGGUGUGCAUCGACCUGGUGGCCCGGGGCCAGGGCCGUGGCGCCUAUGACCUUGCACCCCACCCCGCCUGCUCCUUCACCCCAGCCACCGCCCCCCCAGGCGUCCGCGCGGGCUCCGUGCGCAAGCUGGAUGAGGACGCCGAUGGCCUGCCCUACGUGUGCACCGGCUACGACCUGUACGUCACCCGUGAGCCCUGCGCCAUGUGCGCCAUGGCCCUGGUCCACUCCCGCGUGCGGCGCGUCUUCUAUGGGGCGCCCUCGCCGGACGGCGCGCUGGGCACCCGCUUCCGCCUCCACGCCCAGCCGGACCUCAACCACCGCUUCCAGGCCUUCUGUGGCGUGCUGGAGGCCCAGUGCCGCCGGCUGGACCCCGACGCAUAG